AUUUUGGGACCUUGUGUAUACAUAGGUUGGCAGCACCAGGCAGCACUGAUUACGACUGCCAACACAAAUUGAUACAUAAUCGAACAUUUUAUAAUUUGUCAAAACCAUAACAAGAAACACAAAACAAGUAAAACACUACAAUAAAUCUGCUUUAAGUUUUAAACGAAUAGUAUUAGAAUUUAACAUUAAAAAUGGGUGAACGUAAAGGAACCAACAAAUAUUACCCUCCGGAUUACGAUCCCAAAGCUGGAGGUUUAAACAAAUGGCAAGGUACACAUGCUUUAAGAGAAAGAGCCCGGAAAAUCUCUCAAGGGAUAAUAAUAAUUCGUUUUGAAAUGCCGUAUAAUAUCUGGUGCGAAGGUUGUAAUAAUCACAUUGGAAUGGGCGUUAGAUACAAUGCUGAAAAAACCAAAGUGGGAAUGUACUACACCACACCUGUUUAUCAAUUUAAAAUGAAAUGCCACCUUUGUGACAAUCAUUUUGUAAUUAAAACUGAUCCUGGAAAUUUGGAUUAUAUAAUUUUAUCAGGGGCAAGACGGCAAGAGAAUCGAUGGGAUCCUUUAAAGAACGAACAAAUUGUACCAGAGACAAAAGAAGUACAAAAAAGACUUUUUGAUGAUUCCAUGUUUAAAUUGGAACAUCAAAGCGACGAUAAAAGUAUUGCAGAAAGUACAAAACCACGAUUAGCAAAAUUAUUUUCUAGGAAUGAAGACGUUUGGGGCGAUGUUUACACAGCUAAUCAAAAAUUAAGGGGGGAGUUUAGAAAAAAAUCCGCUGAGAUAAAAAAGAAUUACAUGGCAGAUAAAAAUAUCUUAUCUAAAUAUGGGUUAAACAUCCCUUUAUUACCUGAAAAAGAGGAAGAUGAAAGAAUUGCAUCUUUAUUAUGUAUGAAAUUGACACCAAGUAAAGAUAUUAAAGAAACCACCGAAAUUGCUAGAAAAGAGAUUAUAAGUCGUUCAUCGUUACCGACAAGUAAUUUUAAUAAUUUAAAAGAACAAAAAGCUUUGAAGAUUCUUAAUAAUGAUUCGUUUAAAUUAUUGGGACUUGUUCGUAAAUCUAGUCAAAAGGUUGAUUCAAAAACAUCUAAUGACCAAAGUUCUACGAGUUUAACGCAAAAAGAUCCUGUAGAAGUUCCUGCAAAAAAAAGUAAAACUGAUCAAGUCAAUGUAGAUGCAAAAUCUAUGAAGCAAAAAUCUUUGGUGGGAUAUGAAUGUGAAAGUAGUGAAUCGGAAACUGCAGAUUAAUGCGGAUAACUUUUAUUUUUAUGAUAAUAAAUAAAUUAUACUUUAACUAAUACUUUUAAGAAUUUUAAAUUGUAUAUACUGUAACGUUCAUUAAAGCAUUACAAGAUGUUUUACAAAACA